AGAAUGAAGGGUUAGAGAUGAAGAAGCUGGUGUACCUAUACGUCAUGAACUAUGCACGCUCGUAUCCGGAUAUGGCAGCCCUGUCUGUGAACAGCUUCAAGCGGGAUCUGGCGGACUACAACCCUCUCUUACGCGCAUUGGCCAUCCGCACUAUGGCGUGCAUUCGCGUGAGCAAAAUCAGCGAACAACUGCUGCAGCCACUCCACGCAGGCCUCAAGGACAGCGAUCCCUAUGUGCGCAAGACCUCGGCCGUGGCUGUGGCUAAGCUCUACGACUUGGCCCCGGACUUGGUGGUCAAGGAG